AUAAAAUGUCAUUCAAAACAAAAAGUAAAAAUCAAGGCAAAAAGAAGAACAAGCAAGGGCAUCCUGAUCGAACAAAACAGGAGGAAGGAUCGAAACCGAAAUAUAAUCAUUCAAAAAAUAGCAGUAAUCAGUGGGAUGAACCUAUUACUUCGGAAUCUAUGUUUGGCAUGCCGCCAUCCACAGAUUCGAUGGCAGAGCCAUUAGUCUUUGAAGGUGAGGGAAGUAAAUAAAACUAAUACCAGAGGAGCUUAUAAGCCUGGAGAGAGGAGAAAAGAAAAGAACUUCAAAAGUCGACAAGAGGAGUUCUCGAAGGUUAAUAAUAACGAGUCCUUUCCAACACUUGGAUCUGAUUCUCCGUCUAAACCACCCAAGGAAUCAAAGCCAGGUAAAAACAUUAGCAGACAAAAUACUAAGAACAAGAAUAAUAAGAAAAAGCAGAAAGAUAAUAAAGUAGAGGAGAUUCCUAGGCAUCAAUCCUCUUCUCCUACAAAACCUCCAUCAAGCAAAAUAGAGGGCGAAAAUAUGACAGAAACUAAAACUCCACCUCCAACAAUGUCAGCACCACCGAAUAAUAUGACAAAUUCUCCAAUUCCCAUGCCUCAGCCAAUAUAUCCUAAUAUGACUCAGAACAUGACAAACAUGGCAAGCAUGCCCAAUAUGCCUAACAUUAUGCCUGGCAAUUUUCCUAAUCAAAAUAUGCAAAUGCCAAUGAUGGGUCAAAUGAUCAUGAUGAUGCCUCAGAUGGGAAUGGCGCCUCAACCAUUCAUGAUGCAACAGCCGAUGAAUCCGAAUAUGAAAAUGACACCGGCUCAGUUUCCUGCUGACUUCCAAAACAACAUUAAUGCUCCACCUAUUGAUCCCAACAACAAAUCUGCCUCUCCAAAGAAGGAGCCAGGAGUAGAAAAAUAAGGAGGUUAAUACAAAUGGGCUUCCAAAGGAUCCUGCAAUUGUACCACAGGAUUCUCUCUCAACAGCUUUUACCUUAAACGAUCCAGCAAUCAGCAUCCCUAAGAUGGAGUCUAAGCCAACACAGAGUACUAAUAAUACAGGGAUGAAGGAACAAGUGAGUAAUCCUCAGCCAGUCAAACCUCAAGGCUUCCAGCCCCCUCCUCCACAAAUAAAGAGUGUUGAUAAAUUUGAAAAGCCGGUUACUACUCCAGAAGUUAAACAGGAAGAGGCUUUUACUAAAGAAUUAAUUCCAAAUGAGCAAACUUCUGAAAUGAAGCCUCCUCAGACUCAACAGAAUGCUAAACCGGCAAUGCCAGUGCCCCUUCCAGCUAGGAGGCAGGCUGAAGAGGUACCUUUUGAUUUGAUAAUUGAAAGUGACCUCUCCCUUCGUAAAAGAUUAAGAUGGCUCAACAAAAAAGAAGACCAACUCUCAAACAUAGGUUCUAUUGCCUUAGAAACUUAUGAUGAUAUUUUUACUGAGCUUGAAGAAGAGAUUGAAAAGGCAGAACAACAAACACUUGCUCAGAUUGAUCAGCUUGAAUACGAUCCUGAAACAGUAUCAUACACUAAAGAAAGAGAUAUUCAUAUAAUGAAAGAGAAAGACCCUCAAAAAAUUUCUGCUGACUUUGAAAAGUAUCUGAAUACCUUACUCAGGACAGAUGUUGUAAUAAGGCCAAGCUAUAGGAAAGAUGCUUAUUUCAAAAUCCACAGUUUCCAAUGGAAGUCAAGACAGAUCCAUACUUAUAACCUCAUGAAUGGGGAAUUAGAGACUACUCUUAUUGACACCAAUUUCAACAUUCCUCUGUUCUCAAGAUCGAUUGCUGUAGAAAAUGGAGAUAUUUACCUGACUGGAGGACUUGUGAAGCCAUAUUAUCUAAAGACUACCUUUUUCCUUGACGAAGCCUCCAGUACUCUCGUGAAGAAGGCAGAUAUGAACUUGCCAAGGGCAGACCAUUCCUUGAUUUAUUUAGCUGGAUACAUUUAUGCAAUCGGUUCAUAUGUCCAUAACAAGUGUAAUAACACCUGUGAGAGAUACGAUAUUUAUAAGAACAAAUGGACUCCAAUCGCUUCUCUCAAUGUUGGAAGAGCUGGAGUCGGACUCUGCUCCGUUGAUAAUUCUUACCUCUAUGCAUUUGGAGGCAGAAAUGAACAAAGAAUCAUACUUUCAGCUAUAGAGUGUUACAAUAUUGCCACUGAUGAAUGGAAAGAAGUUGAAUAUCAGCAAAGAGACAGCUGGAUCCCAUGCUAUAUGAGUCUUGCCCAUCAAAUUUCGGAAAAUGAGAUUCUCGUAUUUGGAGGAAAGUCAGGCCAAACUCAACUUGUUUCAAAGGAAAGCUAUAUUUACAAUAUUGAAACUGGAGAAUUCAUCGAUGGUCCUCCUUUGAGAAAUCCUUCUAGCUUUAUGAACUCGAUAAUCUCAUGGAAGGACAAUCUCUAUGUCUUUGGAAAUGAUGUGUACAUCCACAGAUUUUCACUAAUCGAUCAAUCAUGGUCUAUCAAAGACAAGCAUCACACCAACACCGAGCAUGUCCAGAAAUGGUUUUAGGCCAGCAUUAUAACACUGAUUUACCUAAGAAGAAGACCGCAAAAAUUUCAAUG